ACAUGAGAUGGACAUUGUCAAAAAAAGAAAGUUGAGGAAUUGGACUCAUUACAUGUGACUAAAAUGUAAAAGGUUCUCAGACUUGUUUGUCAAGCUGAACCCUUCAUGUUUGAGCAAGCAGCCCAGGUCACCCAAAGCCUCAGGCAGUGCCCCGCGGAGGGAGCAAAGAACGUACUACAGGAGCACGAGUUUCUUGCCAGUUGAUUAUUUACCAGGACUUCCAUAUCAGUCUGGACACUGUCCAAAUGACUUAUGCUAAAGGAUCUAUAGGCACUUCAAGAUCUAUUAUUUAACCAAGUGUAAUCAUGCAGAGGAUUUUUUUUAUUUAGCUUGGUUUCUUCUAGGCUAACUGACAUGCUAACAUACCCACGAAAUGACCCAAACUGUAAAAAAUGAAUGGUUAUACUUAACACUGCAUUGUGCAAGUGCAAGUGCAUUUUGCUGUGUAAUGCCUAUCAAUUUUACUCAUCUUAAUAGAAUAUAUGUGUAAUAGCCACCUGUUGAAUUCCUCCUCAAAACAAAUAGGGGCCAGCAUAUCACAAGUGUAACCGCUAACUGUAACUGCUGUAAGCUAGUUAGCUCCGUUAGCCGUGCAUCUAGUGGUCCAGACGGGGAGCACAGAGCACAAUAGGAGUGUUGUUGUUGUUGUUUACACUGCUAGCAUGCUUGGACUGGGCUGGGGCUAGUUGGUUAGCGUGCUAACUUCAGAAGUUACAAUACAAUGCAAAUACCUACUGAUGUCAAAUCUGCUGAGAAUCUUGAAUCAUUUUGGAUUUUUUUCAUCUUAAGAAAUUUGUACAUAUUGCACCUUUUACCAAAAUAUUUUUAUGUCGUCAACCCUCCACAAAUGAUUGAAUGUCAUAAAGUAUAUUUGGACUUUGACAUAGAGUUCAAUGAAAAAUCGUUCCAAACAUCCCAUGUUUACUUUUGUUUUCGCAUACAAGAUUUAUUGGCAUGUAUCAGACACACCUUAUAUUUCUGUCCUUCAUACACCCAGUGCUCAGACGUCUUCAGUGUUGACCUGGUUCAGGAAUUGAUCUUAGCUAUGAGCAUCUGACCAGAUUAACAAAGGCUUCGGGUCAGGGAACUCUAUCUCCCACUGGGAAGAACCUCAUUUUAAUCAGUCUGGCUUAUCUCUGUUGUUUUGAGUUGAAGUCUGUGGCUUCCAGAUGUGACCCAAAACAAGUGCAAACAGGGAGCUGCCAGCAGGACUUUGACAAUAGCUCCACACUUACUUAAUAUAGUGAAAUAAUAAUAAUAUUAAUAAUAAUAAUAAUAAUCAUAAUAAUCAUAAUAAUAAUUAUUAUUAUGAUUAUUAUUUGGUUCUACGUGUCUUACUUUGUGAGUACUAUAGCAUGAAAGCUGUUGGCCCAAAAAUGUAAAAAUGGAAGAAAAUAAUUUAUUUUUGCGUUUAUUGCUUUAUUGUCAUGUAAUUGUUCAUUAAAUCAAAAUGCGUCUUGGGUAAUUAAGCCAAACCUCGACCUUAUUGCGGUGCAGUCAUUAAUCUUUUUAUCCUCAUGAGGGUAAAUUAUUACCCUCUGACCACCUCUACCAGAUUUUCACCCUCCAAAUGUUUCCUCGGAUGUCAAACUUUAACCAAACCGCCUUUUGUUCAGUAACACAUAAAAUGCAACAGAAUCUAAGCUUUUUGUUUGUUUGUUUUUUAAUCUCUUUCUAAUAAAAACUGUAAUCUGAUAGAAGCUUGAGCUGUCAUUGAUUAAAGGGACACUAUCUGAGUUAAGUGUGAGAACAUAAAGCUGCGCAAACCAACAAACUGAUCAAUAGUCUGAAGUCAUGUCCUUCCUUAGCGAGACUUAUCUAGAGUUUUACUGCUUAAUAAGACGCCUGAGAUCACGUAGCUAAUGUUAAUCUCAGUUUGUGUUGAUAAGGUGUAAUCUUACACCUUUGGGUGCUUAAUUGCGUUGCCAAACAAUUGUCGGUAACUUUCAGAUUUCUUGGUUGUAGCGCAAUCAUUAAAAACACUUUGUUCCCUGGAUUCAGAUGAACAAACAACAAUACUCAGACUGAAAGAUUGUAAAAUUAUGCGCCGUCAUGCUUGAGACCUUUAGAAGAAAACCACAUUCUAGUUACACAAGUUUUGUGUUUCAUGAAAGGCUCAGAUUUCUUUUGCAGGUUACCAAGUCAGUGUGCAUUUGUAAGUAGGUGAAUAUCUGACUCAUAAACAGCAGCAUGUCAUAGCUUUUCAGACAGCUGCAGCCUGAUUUCCACACAGAGUCCAUGGACAAGGACGAAAAGGUUACAUGGCACUCAGGUGGGAAAAAGGUCAGUGGGGCCUGCAGCAGGGUCGCAGACGAGAGAGGAAAAUGAUCAAGAUCAGAGUGAAUGUCAAGGAUGCGAAAGUGCUGAAUCCGUCUGCAGGACUCGCAGGUGUCUGGCUCAGAUGCUCAUCGACAAAGAAUACUUAUCUCAGCCACAGAAUGAAAGCUGCCUCCAGCUGAUCCGAGUGCCGUUCAUGGAGUACCAGACUCUGUCAGUGGACACGAAGAAUCUCCGCCUCAUCAGUCGUCUGCAAGCCUCACUCGUAUGGAUAGAUGAGGAGCUGGCGUGGGACACGUCAGUUUAUCCAUUUGAUGAAGUGGUCCUGCCGGUGUCUAAAAUCUGGACCCCAGAGCUUCAUGUGACGAACGGAAUAAUAACAAACAUGAAGCACAGCUCCCAUGAUCUUCUGCUCUCCAGUAACGGCACGGUAAGGCACACCGUGACCAUAAAUGCUGAGAUUGGCUGUGAGGUCAACAUGUUCAACUAUCCCUUCGCUGCUGACAGUUGUCCCGUCGCGAUCCAGGCCUGGACCGCUGAAGGAUGUGGCACAGAGCUGUUAUUGGGCGACUUGAAAAAUGUUGGCAACAGCCAUGGAGACUGGCAAACCGAGCAUGCGUUCUACGCGAGAAUAAUAAACAGAAAUGACCGAAAUUACAUCAUGGUGCAGCUGCGCAUCAAGUACCUCAACCCCUUCAUUACGUUAUUCCUGCCCAGUAUUCUGAUCGUCUUAGCCGAUGCGAUCAGCUUUGCUCUGCCGCUGGGAGGUGGUGAACGCAACUGCUUUAAGGUCACUCUGGUGCUCAGCUUCACCAUGUUCCUCAUCAUCCUCAACAACGAGAUCCCUGGAGACGGCCACUGCAGCCCGAUCAUCCGAACCCACUUCUGUAUUUGCCUGGUCUUCCUGGUGUUCAGCAUGUUGGUGUCCAUGGUGCUGACAGGGAUCGCCACAGAAGGAAGCAUCCUUUCCCUCUGCUGUACCAAACGUUCAGCUCCCAAACGCACAGCAAACGAGGAGGAGAAAGCAGAUGAAGAAACCAAAGCGGACAUUAGUGUUGUUCCACUGGACACCUCAGAGGAGCACACUCGGAUGCUCAGAAAGGUGGUCAGCUUCCUGGAAGAUCUGGGUGCACAGCAGCUGAAGCGAGAGGGAUACCAGAAGAUCGCCAAAAGAAUUGACGAGAUAUUUUUCUGGUUGUAUUUAAUUUUUGGCAGCAUAUACUUUCUUGCCAUGACUUACGUGAUGGUACAUUAUACAUGUCCAGUUAACCAUUUUGAUUUCUGGUACUAAUAUAACAGGUCAACUGUGUUUCUGAAGGAACAGUUCAACCAAAAUUGAAAAUGUCAAUCACCUCCAUGCUGAUGGAAAGUUUUCUUGAGCUUUCUUGAGCAGACAGACUGGCGGUGCAUCUACUGGUCACAACUGCGGUGCUGGUGUUAACACCACUAGCACAGAAAUGUUGUACCAGAACUGGCUGUUGCUGUUUUUUUAGCAUGCUAACUUCAGUAGAUAUCUCUGCAACACAAUGCAUACGUCAACACUGUCAUUUCUUUACACACUGUUGAUAAUUUUAGUACAUUUUUUGGGUGUUUAAAAACUGAGAUUCUUUCAUAUUGGGACCUUUAGUGCAUGCGAUUACUUCAAUAAGAAUUCCUAGAUGGACAUA